AUAACUAACUCUCUCUCUCUCUCUCUCUUGUUUAUACGGCGAUGGCAAAGAUGUCGGAUCCUCUCGUGGUCGGAAGAGUGGUCGGAGAUGUCAUCGACGCCUUCUCCCCGACGGUGAAGAUGACUGUCACUUACCAUUCAAACAAGAAGGUGUCCAAUGGGCACGAGCUGCUUCCAAAUUUUAUAACCCUAAAACCUAAGGUUGAGGUUUUUGGAGGCGACCUUAGAUCCUUCUUCACAUUGGUGAUGACCGACCCAGAUGUUCCGGGUCCGAGUGAUCCUUACUUGAGAGAGCAUCUCCAUUGGAUAGUGACAGACAUCCCAGGAACGACAGAUUCCACUUUUGGGAAAGAAGUAGUGAAAUAUGAAGUUCCAAGUCCAAACGUAGGGAUCCAUAGAUUCGUGUUCCUUCUAUACAAGCAAGCACGAAGGCAGACAGUGAAGCCACCAGCUGCUUCAGCUUCAAGAGAUGGGUUCAAUGCAAGAAGAUUUGCAGAAGAGAAUGGUCUUGGCCUUCCUGUGGCUGCAGUCUAUUUCAAUGCUCAAAGGGCUACGGCCGCCAGAAGAAGAUAAAUAAAUAACCCAAAAUAAGAUAGAUAUAUUAUAUUGAAUUUGCAUGCAGUGUUUAGCUGUCCUUGUUUUAUGUUUGGUUUUAUGUUUGGUUUGUUAACGUUUAGAUUGGUGGUGAAAUUUGCUGAAUG